CGUCUCGCCUUAAAGUGACUCUCUGUGCACAGCACGUCACCCCACCCCCCAGCCUGAGCCUCCUCCUCCCCCCGGGUGCUGCAGCUGACCAUGGCCGGAUCCGCUGGGAACUCCAUAGAGCGCAUCGGAUACAUCACCCGCGUCCAGAGCUUCAGCGCCUGUCACCGGCUCCACAGCGUUCACCUGAGUGAUGAGGAGAAUAAACAAGUCUAUGGAAAAUGCAACAAUCCCAAUGGUCAUGGACACAACUACAAAGUGGAGGUUACAGUGCGUGGAAAGAUCGAUCGUGUCACCGGCAUGGUCAUGAACCUGACUGACCUGAAGCGGUGCAUUGAGGACGUCAUCAUGACUCCACUGGACCAUAAAAACCUGGAUAAGGACGUCCCAUACUUUGCCAACGUUGUCAGCACGACUGAGAACCUGGCUGUUUACAUCUGGGACAACAUGGCGAAGGCCGUCCAGUCCAACGUGCUCUACGAGAUAAAGAUACACGAGACGGACAAGAACAUCAUCGUAUAUCGAGGAGAGUAGACGUCAGAGUGGAGAAGUAAUGCGUUGACUGUGUGAAAGUGCCAUUAGUUACAGUGUGUUCAGCUUCACUGUUUGCUUAAGGAUGACCGAGCAGACUCCGGUUAGUAAGACUGAUUCAGGUUUAAGAUGAGAAAGAGAUGAUAUUGAUACUCUUGCACUUUAUACACUCAAGAUGUCGCAAAUCCAAAUGUUAAGUGUGCUUGUCGAAUUUGUAUUCUUGUUAAGGCGAGGUCACUCCCAACCUUCUGGCUCAUGACCCCCUGAAACGUAGCAAUGUCUCGUUGCCUACGCAAAAAAACAUUUGUGCAUUUGUCUACAGAUUGUAACCAAAGAUCAUUUUAUUUCUUGUUUUAAAUUUUAUUUGAAUUGCUUUCAAAAGCUCGGGAGAAACGUCCCAUGCAUAGUGUGCCACAUGCACGGGACGCCUUAUUGAGGCCUCCCACUGAAGUUCAAACUUCUAAUAAUUCAGACAGAUUUUAUACGUGCAGGAUAUUAUAACAUUUUUACAUUUGCAUUCAUCCAAUUUUUAGUGAAUAAGUCCCCAUUAUUAUCACAAUGGUGCCUUUUCAAUACACACAAUUACACCUUUUGAUAGUAUUCUUUUUUCCUGUGGAGUAUUCCAGCUGUUACUGUAAAGACUGACUCACCAAAAUGUUUAAAGGGGACCAUGAAUUUCAUCAUCUCAUCUCACCAAGCAGUCACACUGACAUCUAGUGGUACGAAACUGUACAUGUUUCAGGUUGUGGUAAUAAAACAAGACUGUGAAGUAGUGCUGACUAGUUGCUGCAAUGGUUCCUCACAAUAAAAUCUGAAGAUAG